AAGGAAAGGAACCGGAAAUGAGUUUUUUUCAAUAGUAAAAUAUGCAAUUAUGUAAUUUUAUCGCGAUCUAAGGUCGAAUUUUUUUGAUUUUAAUGAAAUUCUAGCUACAUGAGCAACAAUUCGAUGUCUUUGUAUCACAAUUUAAACGAGUAUACUCGAAUAAAUGGUGUUUUUCGCGAUUGUCAAAGUACCUAGAAGGGACCCAUCCUCAAAAUGAAAAUACUCCCAUGAUAACAAAUUACCUUAUCAGAAUGUAAUCAUUAAAAUUUGAUUAGUUGUUAAAAAAAUUAAUGCAAAACAAUAUUUCGAGUGAUUUCUGCGUAAAAUUCGUUGUUAGUUGGUGUCGUCGGUAUGGCGAACAGAAUACAGUUAGCUAACGCUAAAGAAAAGUGAUCGUGGUGAAGAUUCAAGUGAGAUGUCAAAACCAAGUCAUGUAGGUUCAUAUGUGACUAUGCCAUCAGUGCAUGGCAGACCCAACAUCCCGUCAGGGGCUAAGAAUCGGAUCGGUUACCAUCAGCGAAACCUCAGUUUAGAUUUCAGAUCUAUGGGCAUUUUGUUACCUCCUGUAUGUCAAAUAACGUCUAAAAUAACAUCGCAUCAGCGUAACAGAAGUUUGGAUUCGGCUUUACAACGUAUCCCUGAGGUCGAUGUUACACCCAGUCCAGAAUACGAGAAUGCACCGGCUACUCAAGUUGUAUUGGAAAAUGAAGAUAAAUCCAAGACGCAAAAUAAAGAAGAUUUAACCAGUUUAGGGUCGGACGAUUCGGGUAUUAUUUGCAGAUCCGAGGUCACAAGCAGCAGUACGAGUGGCCAUCAAAGUCAUGAAAGUUUAGAAAGUGAAUCCGACUCACCUGUCACCGAAUACGAACCUCCUCAAAAUGAUAUCGUUGCGAAUACGAAUAAAAGUUUCCUGUUACGCUUGUUCGAAAGCACCUUGUUUGAUAUGUCUAUGGCUAUUACGUAUUUAUUCAAUUCGAAAGAACCAGGCGUUCAGAGUUAUAUAGGUAACAAGUUAUUUAGUUUUUCCAACAAUGACGUUGAUUUCUACCUACCUCAGCUGGUUAGCAUGUAUAUUCAAAUGCAAGACGUUGCUGAAGUCAUUCAUCCAUACUUGAUGCAUCGAUGUCGCGAGUCUUCUGACUUCUCGUUAAAAUGUGCUUGGUUAUUAGAAGCGUACAGUUUGGAUUCGCCUCUCCCUUGUAAAAAAUCACCCGCAAUGAAGCUUAAGAAAUUGAUACUGUCAAACGAGUUGAAAUCUUAUAACUUCUCAACAUGCCAUACGGGUGAAAUGAGUAAAAAAGAUGGUAUUCCAAUUACAGCUGCCACAUUAUUAUUUAAGAAAACCCAUCAUCGAGCGUAUUCGGACGCUUCGACUUUGUUAUCAAAUCAGAAACACCAAAUUCCUUCUAAAGACCGCAAAAAAAGUUUGGGAGAUUUAAGUACCGGACACGGAUUCGAUAAUGGCUGCGCUUGUUUCGAAUCAUGCGAAGGAAUGGUGAGCGGAUUACGAGGUAUCCAGAUCAGCUGCCAUUGCGAUGCUCCUCGAUUAUCGGCGGAAUUGAAUUUCGUCAAAGUUCUCACCAAUAUUGGCAACACGUUGAAAUGUAUUCAAACGAAAGAAGCUCGCACUACGAAACUGAUGGCAGAAUUGGCCACGAUUAAUUUCAAUCUACCAGCUCGAGUGUGGAUUCCACUUUGUAGCGACUUACCUCAUCACGUCGUUCGUAUACCACCUCAGAUGGCAGCGGUGCUGAAUUCUAAAGAUAAAGCGCCAUAUAUAAUUUAUGUGGAGGUAAUAGAAGUCGAAGAUAUGGAAAAGUCUCCGGUUAUAUCGAGGGCUACUAAUGGUCUACGGCAAACGAAAAGUGAAGAGAAUCUGUCUACUAUUUCCGAUUCUGACAUGGAUUCGUGUUGUUGGUCUCAAGAAGAUGAUGAUAUCUCAACUCAGUAUUUGCAAAUAAAGAAAGGCGACGCAGACACCAUUUCUGAAAGGUCUCAGGAUUCGGGCGAUUCGAAUGUUUUAAUCGCAGCUGCUGAUAUUAGGAAGCGUCUCAGUGAUUCACUGAGUGAAAGUAAACCUUUCAGUCAUGAUCCUGAAGAUCCAUCGGCUGCGGCUUUAAAAGAACCUUGGGAAGAGAAAGUAAAACGUGUUCGAGAAACAUCACCUUAUGGACACCUGUCAUCUUGGCACUUAUUAUCAGUGAUUGUAAAAACAGGAGACGAUCUUCGUCAAGAAUUACUCGCAUCGCAGUUACUUACUAUGUUACAGAAAAUCUGGCAAAUAGAACGAGUACCUUUAUGGCUAUAUCCUUAUAAAAUUCUUUGUUUAUCUGACGAUUGCGGAUUGAUCGAACCUAUUGUAAAUACGGUAUCGUUGCAUCAAAUCAAAAAACAUUGUCAGUUAUCUUUACUGGAAUAUUUUCUGCAAGAAUAUGGACCGAAAAAUUCGGAAAGUUUUCUUAACGCUCAACGUAACUUCGUUCAUAGCUGCGCGGCGUAUUCGAUCUUCUGUUAUUUAAUUCAAGUCAAAGAUCGGCACAAUGGAAAUAUUUUAUUAAACGGCGAAGGACAUUUGAUCCAUAUUGACUUCGGAUACAUUUUAUCAACGUCACCAAAGAAUUUAGGAUUCGAGACGUCUCCAUUUAAACUAACUCCUGAAUUCGUCGACGUAAUGGAUGGUUUCAAUUCGGAUAUGUUCGAGUAUUUUAAAAUUUUAAUUUUACGCGGAUUAUUAGCUGCUCGAAAGCAUAUGGAUAAAAUCCUAAGUUUAGUUGAAAUUAUGAGAUCAGGUUCGCAGUUACCAUGUUUCAAGUCACGAGCAGCUACGGUGCAAACACUGAAAAAUCGUUUCCAUUUGAACCUGACUGAACAACAAUUACAAUUACUAGUCGAGAACCUUGUCGAAUCGAGUGUGCACUCGUUAAGUACGAAAUUAUACGACGGAUUUCAAUAUAUCACUAAUGGUAUACUUUGAAUAGUGGAAGAACUAGCGAAUAAAAUACGAAAUGAGAGGUAUGUAUUUCUGGAUCCAAUCUGGAAAAACAUCAACUAUUGUUUUCCGUUUACCAGACCGGGGCUUUAAUUAAAUUAUUGAUCAGAUGCUUUAGAAUAUUUUUAUACCGUGUUUGUAUUGAAAUUGUUAUAUUUCUUCCUUUAUUGUUCCUUCUCUUAUCGAUUUUUUAUUUUCUUAUUAAAUCGUUCAAUAUUUUAAUAUGUACACAUUCACGUAGGGUACAUUUAAAAUUCGUCUAAGGCAAAUCAAGCCGAUUGUGUUAUUCGAACAAUCAAACGAGUACCUUAUUUUUUCAAUUUUAUUAAUCGCCUUGCUCGAUAUUUUUAUAUAUUCGUCGUGUUGUAUAGCGAAAUUACAAAUAGGUAACGGAUAAAUAUAAGACAUUCCGUGUGUUAUUAUGCUUUAAUUAUGUAAUUUUUUACAUUAUUUUUAUAUUUUUAGCCUUUUGACCAAUUUUUAUACGGAGUUUUGUUACUUCUACAUUGUUUUUUUUUUUUGUUUAAUGAAUAAGUUUUAUCAAUUUUCACAUAUCAGACUAAUGAAGAACAGAGUGUUGUACAAUGGUUUUAAAAUAGUCUAUUUUGCCUGAUCGUAUUACUGCUCGUUGAAUGAAUGCUGCGUUUACAAUUUUUUCUGUUUUAUUUCGCAAUUUGUUAUAUUGACGCGUUGAAAUUAUGUAUUGAAUUUUUAGUAUAUGGCAGUAUUUUAAUCGUAUUUUUUAAAAGUUUUGCUUACAUACGAAUAAAUAAUGUUUAACUAAA